AUGGGAGGAGACCAAAGAAAAUCAAUUAUCGAUUACCCAAGAACAUUAUACCCACCAAUUCAACCAUAUGAUGUACAGAGAUUGAAGGUAUCUGAUAUCCAUGAAUUGCAUGUUGAACAAUCUGGUAAUCCAACCGGUAAUCCAGUUAUUGUUGUUCAUGGUGGACCAGGUGGUGGAUGUGAAGACUUUUACAGACAAUUCUUUGAUCCAAAGCAAUAUAGAAUCAUUAUGUUUGACCAAAGAGGUUGUGGAAAGAGUACUCCAUUUGCAAAUUUAGUUGAUAAUACUACAUGGCAUCUAGUUGAAGAUAUGGAAAAGAUUAGAAACUUGUUGUCAAUUGAAAAAUGGGUUGUUUUUGGUGGAUCAUGGGGUUCAACUCUUUCUUUGGCAUAUGCUGAAUCACAUCCAACUAGAGUAAAAGCAUUGGUAUUACGUGGUAUCUUCACUUUGAGAAGAGAGGAAUUGUUGUUCUUCUACCAAGAGGGAACCAGUUGGUUGUUCCCAGACUACUUUGAGCCAUACAAGAAUAUGAUUCCAGAGGUUGAACGUGGUGAUUUGAUGAGUGCCUACUACCGUCGUUUGACAGGUAGCGAUGAGAAGGUCAAGAGAGAAUGUGCCGACGCCUGGACACGUUGGGAGAUGGCCACCUCCAAAUUGAUGUUGGAUCCAGAGAAGAUCAAGCGUGGUGAGGAAGGUGACUUUAGUUUGGCAUUUGCGCGUAUCGAGUGUCACUACUUUGUCAACGGUGGAUUCUUCAAGGAGGAAGGUCAGUUGAUCAAGAACGCUCAUCUCAUAAAACACAUCCCAACUGUUAUCGUUCAGGGACGUUACGACGUCGUUUGUCCAGCGAAAUCGGCAUACGAUCUCCAUCAGGUACUCAAGGAUUCAUCGGAGCUCCACCUUAUCAACGACGCCGGUCACUCUGUCUCUGAAGUCGGUAUUACAAGUGCACUCGUUGAAGCAUGUGAUAAAAUUACUAAAAAUCUUUCUCGAAAUAUUUAUUACUCUUUAAAACAAUUAAAUGAUCCUAAAAUGAAAGUAAAAUUAAAUAUUUCAUUUUUACUAUUAUUAAUAUCAAUUUUAAAUGUGGUUUAUUCAACCGAUUUAAAUAUAGGACAAUAUAUUAUGAUUGCCAAAAACCAGCAAUUUAUUUCUAUUAACACCACUGAUGGAAAUUUAUUAAAGAAUAUAAAUUUGAAAACACCUUUUUUCUUUCAAGGAUUUUUGUCUGGAAAUUCAGAGGAUAAUACUAUUUUAUUGUUGAUUACCGAUUGGGACCUUAGUCAGGAUUUAGUAGUUGAAUAUUCCAUCAAUGAUAAUACUUUUAGAGAGGUUAUGAGUUUGAAUUAUACUUAUACAGGAACUGAAAGUCCCCAAUCUUUUGCCUAUGAUCCAGUUUAUCAGUUGGCUGCAAUUCCAGGUUUGAAUUUGUCGUAUACUCAUCCAAAUCUUACUGUUUUCAUAUGGGACUUUAAAAACCAAGAAUUUUUAUCGAUUUCACUUCCAACUGGGUCAUUGAAUCAACGUUCAAAUUACCCAGUAGGUUCAUAUGAUCCAAUCACAGGUGACUACCAUAUUAUCUAUGAACCGAAUACACCAUUGGGUACCUAUUACAUAGUUUUCAACCUGUGGAGUAAAUCAAUUGUCCAGGAGCCAAUUUUCUUUAAUGGUUUCGUUAUGAAAACUCCACAAAUCGUUUACUUUGACAAUCAAGUAUUCUUUAUUGAUUUAUGUCAAAAAUGUAACUAUACGAUUUACAAUGUAUCGAUUGCAACAGCAACCACCCAAAUCAUCUAUACAGUACCAAACCGUUUCCCAGCAUAUAUUUUCUCAAGCACUCUCGGUGUAAAAGGAAGCACAAUUGUUUUGUUUUCUUCUCUUAAUGGUGAAGAGUAUACAACAACUGUUAUUGAUCUUGCUACCCAAGAUGUUCAUAUAUCACCAGCUGUUAAAAUGAUUCUUCCAAUCAGAUUUGAAUGGAUAAGCGGCGGAUUAUAA